AAUUCAGACCAAUCCAGUCCCAGAGAGAUUAGGAAGCAGAGUGAAUGAGAGAGGGAGAAAGACAAAGGAUAUUGAAUAGGAAGACAACACAUGACAAGAACACAAGAAGACAGUCAAGAAAGGUUCUCAUUUAACUUGUAGUGACUGAUCAACGGCUGAGAGAAAGAGAGAGAGAGAUGGGGGUAACAGCAAUUGUGGGUAUGUGCCUGUUGCUGACUACAGCUCUGGGGCAGAGUGUGGCUCGAAAGACUGGUGGUGGUAGUAUAAAGACUGGUGGUGGUAGUAUAAAGACUGGUGGUGGUAGUAUAAAGACUGGUGGUAGUACAGAGAAAGGUUCACCUGGUAGAGCAGACCAUUUAACUGAUGAUACUAGUAGCCCUGAGAUUGUAAUUGGUCAAACUGUUGAUACUGGUAAUGAUGUAACAGUCGGCGGUCCGACUGGUUACGUGGGCCGUCUGCUGGUAGUACCGAUGGACGGAAGCCACUGGGUGGGGGUUAAGGCCAUCACCGAGGAGAUGGGUCGCCGUGGACACCAGGUUACCGUGGUGAUCCCCGAGGUGAGCAUGCGUCUGGGCCCCAGCAGCAACUGCAGGACUGUGUCAUAUCCUGUCCCCUACGGCCAGGAGACAGUGGACAUGCUGAUGGACAAGCAUAAAGAUAACCUGCGUGCUGCCACACUGCCCCUAGUGGAGCGGAUGACUCAACACAUGGCUAAUAUCCAGAGUGUCAGCUCCUUCAUACUGACUACUGCUGAGAGUCUGCUGUUCAACAUC